AUGGUAAAUUCGCCCAGAUACAUCAACCUCUACAAUUCUUUCUUGAGUAAGUCUGGCCAUGUUCUACUCUGGUGGGAUUUCAAUGUGCUGAUCAUUAGCAGUGCUUGUGAGCUUGAAACCAAAGCUAGCAUAUACCUAGCACAAGCUUCUUUGUCUGAUCUACCGUCUUUCCUACUGGAAGAUCUCCCUACGCCAGAACUCGUAUCAAAAGCCGGGAAAGGCGAUGUCUAUGACACGAGCAUUUGGCUAGGCCAAGCACCCACUUAUACGCCUUUGCAUCGUGAUCCCAAUCCGAACCUGUUUGUGCAACUGGCUGGUAAGAAGCAAGUCCGUCUCUUCAAGCCUGACUUGGGCAACGCCAUCUUCCACCACGUCCAAGCCAGUAUUGGAGGAGCUGCAAACGCUACUAUGAGAGGCGCUGAAAUGAUGGAAGGCGCUGAGCGUGCUGCUCUCGAACAAGCUGUUUGGCAUCCUUCUUCGGGUGCUUUCUGGGCAUCGGAAGGACUGCAGUGUGAACUUGGUUCAGGUGAUGGUCUCUUCAUCCCAAAGGGGUGGUGGCACAGCAUUAAAGGUGUCGGUCAGGGUAUGAUUGGCUCUGUGAACUGGUGGUUUCGGUGA